AUGUCCCAGCAGCCCUCGGCCACCACCGCCGCUUCGGCACCGCCCGACCAAGUCGACCUCCGCGACGACUCGUCGGCACGCCGCUACGCCAAGACGUCGCACCUCGGCCAGCGCCGAAACGACUACGACACCCGCUACGACCACCUAACCCCCGCCGAGCGAGCAGAGGCGCUCAAGGCUGCCGCAAACGAGGAGCUCGAAUCCACCGCAGAGUUCCGCAGGGCCCGCGCACUCACCGCAGACAACCUCGAACGCAUCCCCGACGCAGACCAGCUCGCACCCGGCAUCCGCCUACCUGGGCAGGGCGUCGACCCGCGCGGAGACCGCCACCAUGGCCGAGGAGACCAUGACAAUGACAACGACAACGACAACGACCUGCCCACCUCUUCUACCGACGCAGACGGUGCCGCCCUCAGCCUCGAAACCGGGGAUACCAGCGUGGGCAACUUUGGCGAAGGAGGCGCGCCGGUCCCGGGAGUGCCGCCGGAGCUGGAUCCGCGCACGGCAGCCUUCCGCCCGCACAGCCCCGGCGCCGCUUCCGUCUUUUCGGUCGCUGUGCAGCCACCGGGCUCGCCCAAGCCCCAGAUGGUCGAUAUCUCGGAGCCGGCGAGUCCGUUCCCCGAAACGCGGUCCAGCGCCACUGUCAGCGGAGCAUCCGCCACGGCCGGCUCCUCCUACUCGGCCUCGGCCCGAGGUAGCUCACCCCCACUCUCGGCAGGCUUCGCCCCCACCGACGCCGCGGCCUACGCCGGUCGGCUGGCGCCGGGCCCCAGCGGCCUGAGCCGUACUGUGGCCAGCGUGGCACCCUCCGAGGCCGGCAGCAUCAGCUCAAGCGGAACGGGAGGAGGCCAGGGCAGCACGGGCACCGCCGACGACCAGGAGCUCGCCCUGCGCGCAGCCUACAUCGAGCGGCAACGUAUGCGCGAGCGAGAAAUCAUGGGCGGCGAAGCGGGCGUCGGCGGCACCUCGCUGCCCGUCUUCCCGCCCAGAGGAUCCACGCCCCUCGCCUUUGCGCCCGGGCUGUCGUCGCGGCUGGUUCAGGGUCCCGCCUCGCGCGCCGGCAGCACCGCGGCCACGAUUGGCACCGCAUCGCCGCCGCCCUCGCUCGAUGGCAGCGAGAUCCCGGACGGCGUCGCGUCGCCCUCGCGCCGCGGAUCGGUGGAUAGCACAGAGACGCUCGGCAGCAUCCGGGCGCCGCCCAGCAUCCCCGGCUUCGAUAUGGUCGGAGGAGCGGGCACGGGAGGCGGCAGCGGCGGCGUCGGCGGCGGCAUCGAUAGUCGGAGGAUGAGCAGGGGCGGCAGCUCGAUUGGCAUGGGCGAUGCCGAUGCGUCCAUCGUGGCGCCGGCACGGAGGGGAUCGGAAGCGGGACUCGUCGACCAGGCCAUGGACGAGGACGUCGAGGGUGGCAGCGGUGGCGGCGCCAGGCCCGGCGAGGACGACGAGGCCAUGCCCGACUCGGCUGCCGAGAUGCACGCAAAGGCGGGGCAGCAGUGA